GUGGAGGAGGGGAGCCUUUAUAAAUGUAUGCAAACAAGUACUUUGGUGAAACCAGAACAUCUCAUUUAACAAAAAAAAAGCACUGAAACGAGCCCAGAAGCCAACACUGCAUUAUUGUAUUUUGAGUUAGUUUAAUCCGUAGGCUUAAUACUUACAACGGAAUUUGUAGUGAUCAAAUGAUCCAGAUUUUUUAAACAUGUCAAAUGUAUCACAAAGGUGUCAGGCAUUUCAUACUUUACUUCCAAAAAGCAACAAAACCCUGAAAGGCAUUCCGAGGGAGCUGCACUUUGUAAAAGUAUAGAAGUUCAUAACAUGGAAAAGAAGAAUUGUGAGAAAAUGCGAUAGACUGUUUAAGUUUUUAUUCUGGAGUCGUCCUGUACACUCUUGCCUGAAGAAAUGCUUCGAAAACCACAGAAUUAUCACUGCAGUUAUCCAGAUACUAUGGAGAUUAUGCCACUGUUACCACUUUUGAUAGCACUCUUCAGUGUCGCUUUGACAAAUCUUUCUGAUUCUGUGGAGUGGAGAUGUUUGGAUGGUUAUCGUCGAGCUGAUGAUAACCUCACAUGUGUUGACAUUGAUGAAUGUUUUGAAAAUGGACUGGGAACUUGUGGUCAGACCUGCACCAACAUGCCAGGGUCAUAUACCUGCUCCUGUCUGCCUGGUUACACGCUACAGGACAAUAAAUGGUCUUGUCAUCCAGACUCUCCAUCACCAUACCUCAUCUUCAGCCAUGGCAAUGCAAUAUUCAAGAUUGACAUAGAGGGACCUAACCACCAGAAGCUCGUGACCAAUUCUGGGAUAUCAGUCCUGUUGGACUUCCACUACAGGAAUGGAAGAAUUUAUUGGGUGUCUAUGGAGAAAGGCCUGAUACAACGGGCCUUUAUAAAUGGCACAAAAAGAGAGAAUGUACGGGCUGUUGGGAAAGGUCUGUUGGGAUUUGCUGUAGAUUGGUUGCACAACACCAUCAUUUGGACCAAUCAAAGGAAAGGAACCAUUGAAAUGUCAAACUUAAAUGGAAAGAACUCCAAGAUCCUGCUGAAAGAACUGACCUUUCCCACUGUUGUAGCAGUCGAUCCAGAAGAAGGGUAUAUGUUUUGGGCUUCAGAAGGCUCUGUUCCAAGCGUUCAACGUGCAACUCUAAAAGGCACGGGGGUUGUCACUAUUUUCAAGACCGUGAACAAAGUGAAGAGUUUAUCUCUGGAUCUUAUUGACAAGCGGCUCUUCUGGGUUCAAAGUGAUGCUGGGAAUGUCUCGAGCAGCAUUGGGUCAUGUGAUUACAACGGUGACUCACCUUACAUCAUAAAACAAUCAAUGCACCACCAACCAUUUGGAAUAUCUGCCUUUGCUGAGUAUAUAUACUACUCAGAUUGGAACACUAGUGCCAUUCGUCGAGUGGACAAAUACACUGGGAAAGACAUUGUGACCAUUAGCCUUAAACCAUCCUUUUUGCCUCCAGCCGACGUCAAAGUAGUGCAUCCAUUCCGCCAACCAGCAGCAGAACCAGGCUCACAAUCACCAGAAAGGAACAAUGGAAACAUCUGCAAAAAAGAUCCAGAAGAACGCUGUGAGUGUAAAGAUGGCUUUGUUCUGAGUGAUGAUCAGAAUUCCUGUGAAGAUGUCAAUGAAUGUGCCUUUUGGAACCAUGGCUGCACUCUAGGCUGUGAGAACUUUCCAGGCUCUUAUCGCUGCUACUGCCCAGAAGGUUUUGUACUGCUGCCUGAUAUGAAAACUUGUCAUGAUCCUGUUCCUUGUUUGGAAAAUUACACCGAAUGUAGCCAUGAUUGCAUCCAGACAUCCAAAGGGCCAAUCUGUGUCUGUCCACCAGGAUCUAUUUUAGGAUCUGAUGGAAAAACAUGUUCAGGUUGCACUGUGCCAGAUAAUGGUGGCUGUGGCCACAUCUGUGUACUGCAGAAUCCAGUAUCUUGGAAGUGUGAAUGUCUGCCUGGUUAUCAGCUACAACUUGAUCGGCUGCACUGCAUUGCCUCAGGUCCCAGACCAUUUUUAUUAUUUGCAAAUAGCCAGGACAUAAGGCGCAUAAACUUUGAUGGAACAGAUUACCAUAUUGUGCUGGAAAGACAGAUGGGCGGAGUCUUUGCGCUUGAUUAUGACCCUGUGCAAAAAAAGAUUUAUUUUGCUCACACAGGCCUGAAGUGGAUUGAAAGAGCUAAACUGGAUGGUUCUGAGCGUGAGGAACUUAUCAGCAAUGAUCUGGAUUUACCUGAAGGACUAGCUGUGGACUGGAUUAACCGCAAAUUAUACUGGACUGACAGAGGGUUAUCACACAUUGGGAGGAGUGAACUUAAUGGCAUGCACAGGGAAGUGAUCAUCAAUGAAGGUAUCGAUACACCAAGAGGAAUUGUUGUUCAUCCAUUGGCAAAGAGACUAUUCUGGACUGACUGGGGUGAUAAACCUAGAAUAGAAACCUCUUCUCUGGAUGGUGAUGGUCGUUUGGUGAUAGUUAGCACUAACCUCAUGUGGCCCAGUGGAAUAGCCAUAGACUACCUAACAGACAAGCUAUACUGGUGUGAUACUAAACAAUCUGUCAUUGAGAUGUCAGAUCUCGAUGGAUCCAACCGUCGGAUACUUGCGCAGAAUGAAGUAGGACGUCCCUUUGGAGUGGCAGUAUUUGAAGAUCAUGUUUGGUUUACAGACUGGAGCAAACCUUCCCUUAUGAGAGUGGAUAAGUCGACGGGUCACAAUAGAGUGCGACUCCGAGGUGGAAUGAUCCGACCUUCAUCUUUAGCUGUAGUUCAUCCAAUAGCCAAACCAGGUGCUGAUCCUUGCUUGUAUAAAAAUGGUGGGUGUGAUCAAAUCUGUGAGAAUAGGUUCGGAAUUCCACAUUGUUUGUGCCGUGACGGUUUCCAAAAGACAACGGAUGGAAAAUCAUGUCAGGCCGUAAACCUUCCUCCAACAGCAGCUUCCAGAAAGACAUUAUCCCUCGAGGUAAAUGUGUUAAUGGCCACAACAUCACAAAAGAAGGAAGUGUCACCCACACAACUGAGUUCCUCUGUUACCAAUUUCAAUGAGGAUGAGAUUACAGCUGAUCUCCAGCCGAGAUCCACGCUUGUGGCAGAGAUAAUGGUAUCAGAUCAAGAUGACUGUGGAAGGCUGGAAUGCGAUCUCAAUGCUCAAUGUGUUGCCCCGGAAGGAAUUGGUAGAUGCCAGUGUUUGCAAGGAUUUACUGGCAAUGGCACAGUCUGCUGUGAUGUUGAUGAAUGUGCCACUGAUGCUUCCCUUUGCAACAGACACCUAGCAGAUUGCAUUAACACAGAGGGUGGCUACGUAUGCAAAUGCCAUCCUGGCUAUAGUGGUGAUGGGCUCCUCUGUUAUGAUAUUGAUGAAUGCAAAACUGGGACGCACAACUGUGAUGAAAAUGCUGUGUGCACAAACACAGAUGGCAACUACAUCUGUACAUGUAACAAAGGCUUUUGGGGGACAGGUUAUAGCUGUAAAGGUGUGAUCGGCUCAGCCUUGCCUACUGAUGACUCAAUGGAGAUAACUGUCAGGAGCACUACUUUUGAAACUACGACACACAAGCAAAAUAAUCAUAUUGCGACUUGCCCACUCUCGCAUCAGGACUUCUGUCUGAAUGGAGGGGUUUGUUUCCAUAUCUCUGAGAUAACAAUGUUUGCAUGCAACUGUCUGAAAGGCUACAUGGGGGAACGAUGUGAAUACAGCGACUUACAAUGGUGGGAGCUGCAUCGCGUUGAGGAAGAGAAGAGGCGUAAUGUGCUCAUAGCUAUAUGCGUGGUAGUGUUAAUCUGUCUGCUGUCCGUGGGAGCUUGUGUUACACACUGCUACAGGCACCAGAAACAUUUGAAGAAGAGCCAAUACUCUGAAGAAAUGAGUGACACCAGCAGCAGCAGCAUUAAUAAUGUAACUGACACAUCGACAAACAAUGAGCAGCAGUUUUACACUGUGGUGGAAACUAAUUGGAAGAUUGGAGAAGCGCGUACAAUCCGUAUUAUCAGAACAAAAAACCAUACACAGGCCACAGCAUCAGUUUACCUGGACACUGUUUUAAAAUAAUUGGGAGUUUUGUAACAUGCAUCCACUGCAUUUUGCAAUGAAGUUACUGGAUAUCAGUUAAAAGAGCAACUAAUGUACAAUCACAAGACAGUCUACAGCCCCGCAUAGGAGCCCUCAAACUAAAUCUCAGCUUCUGCCAGAGGACUUUCUGAUUUACCUUAACAUUAGUCAUUCUGAUCUCCCGAAGACAAUGGGCUGAGGCCAUUCAUCUGUUUAAGAAUUAACGAUUUCAGGUGUCAUAUCUUCAUGAAAACAGUGAAUAAGCUUUUUGUUUGUGUUCAUUUCUAUCAAAUUAAAACCAUAGAACACGUCCUUCA